AUGCGAUCAGCGUCCUGCAAGGUGCUCGUCCCAGAUAACACCUCUGCCACAACAGAAAACUUCACAGAUGCGGUGAUUGAGCUCAUUGAUAACUAUGCUAGCGCCUUCUGUGAGCUGACUUCGGUUGAGAGCAAUUGGAGGAUCGCGGACCUAACUGCUACCAUUGGGGGAGACCUUAUUGGGGGAAUGACAGCGUUGCUGGACCUCAAGGCUCCUACCCCGCAGGCCCCACCAGUAGAAGUACCGAAGGAUUUCCACCCUGAUUCCGAGUGCGGAAUAGUGGAGAAAUUGGUUCACAACAUGGCUCGAGUAGCGGCCGGUGUGUCGCGCGUAGUGGACACUGAGCAGGACGACGCAAACAUCAAUGCCGGCGACUACGAAGUGUGGAUCCGCGAGUCACGACGGCGAGGCUUCCUUGGCACAUCCGAUGGCACCAGGGUUCGCAUCGAAGGCAGCAUUGACGCGCAAACGGCCAUAGUGUUUCCGUCCAAUCCGUUUAGAUGCCACGAGACAGCAAAGCUGGCGAACACCCAGGCCGUAGGCGUAGAGGCGGCACGAGGCCCCGUACAAGUUCCCUUCAGCGUCAGUGCCCCUACGGAGGGCUACCUGAAAAGGCCAACGCCACUCGACUUGGACGGACACGCGGGAACCUACGAAACGUCGUUCUCAAAUAUUUCCAUGCACGUGAUUAACGUAACUGACGGAGGCGUGUUCUUAAAGAUUGACGUGUUCGCCUUCGACGCGCAAAAAAGAUUGAUAACCGCCAUCGUCUCUGGUCGAACUCCAUCCCGGUUCGACUUCCUCGAGCAAAACAGGUUUCACCUUACAAGCAACGUGCCGCAUGAGAACAGAAUCGAAUUUGUCCAGAAGCCGGCUGUGGUCACGGUCGCCGUUCUGCCGCUUACUAACAGUUCGAAAGCCAGACUACUCGAUCCGUAUCGUAGAAGAGGCGACGAUAACGGCAGCGUGACAUACACGCUGAGGUCGUGCUUCUACAGCUGCCUUUUCUGGAACAACACGGAACAGGCGUACUCGAGUUCCGGAUGUCGUGUUCUCAUGGACUCUGACGAACAGUUUGUUCACUGCGCGUGCGAGCACAACUCCAUUUUUGCGGGUGGAAUAUUCAUCGCCCCACACCCGAUCGACUUCACCAACCUAGGUUUCCUUUGGCUAACCAUGUCGAGCAACCUCGUGAUGACCAUAAUUAUUUUAGCGGUGUGGCUCGUGUAUUUGCUGGUCAUGGUGUGGGCCGCGAAGCAAGAUGCAAGAGACGAAGGCGCCGCAGGCAUAGAGUACCUCGCGGAGAACGAGCAGGACGAUACGUUCGGCUACCUCGUAUCUGUCUACACGUGGUUUCUCAAGGGCUCUGGGACCACGAGCCGAGUACUUCUCGUCGUACACGGAUCUGACGACGAAUCGAGAGAAGUGGUGCUUCGCGACGGCGCGCGAAACCCAUUGGCGCUUCAGGCCGGUGGCCGAGAUUGGUACUUUCUGAGCCAUCCGUCAAGUCUCGGAAACGUUGAGGCUAUUUCUCUGACCGUCGAGCUGAAGGGCAACGAUAGCUCCUGGAAUUUGAGCACAGUUGUUGUGAGGGAUCUUCAAACCACCUCGCGGGCUGUUUUUAUCGUCGACGAUGUGCUGACGCCGGACGCGUACAAAGGAGCGUCAACGUUUACGUUCCACGUUGCCGACGAGUCGCUUCUCCGUAACCCGUGGCGAAUCUUCAGCGCCCGAAUCAUCCGCUACUUUCGCGAAGAGCACCUCAUCUUCAGCAUUUUCAGCCGCUUGCCGACCAGCAAGUUCACCCGCAAGCAGCGUGCCUCGGUGGCCCUUCUCCUCGUCACCACGGGCAUGAUGGUAAGCCUCAUGUUCUACGGCCUCGACGCCGACGAGGAAGAAUCCUUCAACUGGUUCUUCCUCUACGCGCUACUCGAGUUGCCAACGUGGCGCGAACUCAUCAUUGCCCUGCAGUCAACGCUCCUCAUCACGCCAUUUGCAUUCCUGGUUGUAUUUCUCUUCGAGAAGUCCCGGCCUCCCGCCUAUCGACGGAAGCCCGCCGUGCCCAAGGUGUACGUCGAAGACGUGGUUGAAGACUGGGUUCACGACACGGACACUUCCAACGAUUCAGUCAAAACGGGAAAAGUGCCCAGGGAGCGUCUGACGAGCAACGUGCAGGUGCCGCUUUUCCCCACCUGGGUCUCGGUGUUCGCCUGGCUCCUCUGCUUGUCCGCAUCCCUGGUCGCCUCGGUGCUUGUCAUACUCUACGGCUUGACGUACGGUUACCGUCGAAGUCUGUCAUGGGUGCGCUGUAACUUCAUCAACGUCCUCCUGAGUGAAUUUGUGCUUAGCCCGCUCAAGAUUCUCUGCUUUUCGGCAGUGAUGGCUUGCGUGAUAAAGGCGCCUAUAGAGAUGGAGAAUAUACCGGUGCGCUUUAUUGAGUAGUCGCGACAACUGAUAUUAGGAAUGAC